UCCCAGGCUGCACGAUGCUUGGCAGCAUCCAUCCACUCGGCAGCAGCACCAGCCAGCGCUCACACGGCACCAGACUCACCGGAUGCUUUCUUCGCCCACGGCAGGACGCUCGGACGCUCGCCUUGGAUUACCCCCCAUCAUCGUCGGACGCGUCCACGUAGCUUCCCACGGAGGCGACACCGACAGCAUGUGUGAAGGGGUAGGGCGGGCCAGGGGUGGGGGAUGAGAAAAAUCGUGUAGAAAUCGUCGUUGCUGACCAGCUCCUCCGUUCCCUCCGCCCAAUGGCUUCGGACACUUGUUUACAUCCGUGGGAUUUGUCCGCCUUUUGGAAUUACUCGGUGUCGGCCGGACGCUAAAAGACGUUCAAUCGGAAGGAAUACUAGCUCGUAAACAUCCCGUCAGGUCAGCCCAUCCACGCGCCGCAUGAGGGGACGCGCAGUGCGCCCCUGCGCCGCGGUACUGCUGUGACUCGGUGGCCGGGAACACUGCAGAGACCUGCCGGGCCGAUGCUGCGAGGCCAGGGCAUGCUGAAGAACCGCUGCUGCGUCCUGCUUGGUGACCUCAGGCUGCUCCUGCUCGGGCCGCCGGCGCCUCCUCCGCCGCCGCAGCUCAGCCCCAUGAGCGGACAAGCCACGCAGAGCCGCGAGCCGGCGGGCGUCGCCGAGCGAGGCACCCCGCCCGCGGCCGCGACCGCGGCGGCAGCCCCCGUCGCCGCCGGGGCCGAGCGAGGACCGGCAGUGCCGGGCUGGGUGGACGCCGCGGAGCUUUCGGCGGCGCUGCGUGGAUGCGGCAGCUCGUCGGACGACUGCUCGAAGGGCAAACUAGAGGAGAGGUUCUCCCUCACUAGCUACACGGAAAGCGGCUUCAGGACGCCCGUGUGCAGGAUCUGCUUCCAGGGACCGGAGCAUGGGGAGCUCCUGAGCCCAUGUCGCUGCAGCGGUUCCGUCCGCUGCACCCACCAACCCUGCCUCAUCAAAUGGAUCAGCGAGCGAGGUUCCUGGGCCUGUGAGCUCUGUUACUACAAAUACCAGGUCAUCGCCAUAAGCACAAAGAACCCACUGCAGUGGCAGUCUAUUUCUCUCACGGUGAUCGAGAAAGUGCAGAUCGCUGCGGCCAUUUUGGGCUCUCUCUUUCUCAUGGCCAGCAUUUCCUGGUUAGUCUGGUCCUCGUUUAGCCCGUCAGCGCGCUGGCAGCGCCAAGACCUGCUCUUCCAGAUUUGCUAUGGCAUGUACGGCUUCAUGGACGUCGUCUGCAUAGCGUUGAUUGUCCACGAGGGCCCUUCAGUGUUUCGCAUCUUCCACCGCUGGCAAGCCGUCAACCAGCAGUGGAAGGUCCUCAACUAUGACAAAACUAUGGACAACGUUGACCUGAAGGACGUUGCGGCAGAUAGGACUCAUCAGCCCGGACGGGCUUACCAGACCGGGCUCGGGACGUCGGCUUCCACCUCAUCGCUAAUGGCGGUGGCGUCCACGGCCGGCGGCUCAGCGCCUGCCGCCACUGUGGGGCCCGGGGUCCCUGACGGUGGUGCGGCGGCCGACCCGCAUUGCCCCUACAAUCUCCUACAGCUGCUCAGCCACCUGAGGCCGUCAGAGCCCCGCAACCAAGCCGGCGGGAAUGCUCGAGAGCUGGUCAUGAGAGUCACGACAGUCUGAGGAGUCAGACGAGGCCUUAUAUGUAGUUUCUCUCAUGCAGGGGGCUGAGCGGAGCGGCUGAACUGUACUGAACUGAACUGAUAACAUCUUCUUGUUUGCAUCACCGCUGUCCUUCCAUGGAUUAAAUAAAAUAAGAAAUUGGUUCAUUUGCAAAGAUGCCUGGAAAAUUCUUCUUAUGGUGAUAAUUGCUUCAUGUGACCUUUUCAAAUCACUGCUACCUACAGCGAUAGACUCAUUCGCUGCCUACCCUCAAUGGAUUGGAUGUCUAAUGCUGUCAAUGGCAGCCAGUAAGUCACAAUUGGCAGAUUUGUGGUCGCCGUAAUGCCAACAUUUGAUCAACCACUUGUCGCUAAGCAGAAUUUCUAGAGCUCAAUCAUAACUACAUGCUGUUGUCCAAUAAAAAAAAUAUAUCUGAUAUUAGACACAACUCAGGUGAUCAUUGAAGUCUAAAUUAAAGCAACACUUGGUGCCUUUUAGUUUUAGUUGAUUUUAGCGACACCGGUGGACAAAAGCGGUAGUGUUUUGCCUGAAGGAAUACUGCGUUUACCAUGAGGACCAGCGCACACCCGCAUAGUGUCGUAAAAUCAUGAUGGCCGCCUGCAGAUCGAUUAAAUAACAUUUCUGUCUCCAGCGGCUGUGUGAAGGAUGAAAAGUAAUAAGGUAGUGAAUCCAG